AUGGCGUCGCGCGUUCAGGAAUUACCCGAUGACUUUGACGACAAGAUCGACCUGAACAAGGCACCCCCAGAGACACAUGGACCCGCACCACCACCAGCUGCUGGUGACAGCGGCCUCUCCUUCGACAAGAUGAUGGAAGCCGCUGCCAAACACUUCCCAGCCAAGAAAGAUGCACCAACAGAAGGUGACCCUUCCCAGCCCGGCGCUGAGAUGCCUCCUGGCAUGGCAACAGCAAGACAGUACACCGCAGAUGAGAUGUGGCAGAUGCUCAACAAGUCCCCACUCUUCAUGACCGAAUUGGACGAGACAGGUGAAGACGGCGGCGAGAACGUGGCUCUGGAAGCCAUCAAAGCCCUCGCCUACGAAGGCACUCGCGCCGAAAAUGCCGCCUCGUUCCGCGAACAAGGAAAUGAAAAUGCCCGCCUCAAGCGCUGGAAGGACGCGCGUGAAUUCUACGACCGCGCACUCGGUGCUCUCAAACUGCCACAGAAGCGUGCAGACGCAGUAGAAGGCGGCGAGGACGUUGAGCAUGACUUGGUAGAACUCGAUCAAGAGGAGGAAGCACGCAAGGAAAAGGAACACGAAGAGGCAUCGCUGGUAAAUCGCGCCCUCUGCAAUCUCGAGUUGAAAAACUAUGGCUCUUGCAACCGCGACUGCGCCGCUGCUCUCAAACUCAAUCCUCUGAACGUAAAAGCAUACUACCGCAGCGGCAUGGCCAAUUUCCAUCUCGACAAAUUGCCCGCAGCAAGCUGGUCUUGCGAUCUAGGCCUCAAGAUCGACCCCACCAACAAAUCGCUCCUCAUCCUCCAAGACAAGAUCGCAAAACGCCGAGCCCAGAUCGAGCGCGCGGAACGUGAACAGCGCGAAAGAGAAGAAAAAGCACGCAGAGAAAAGGAAACCUUGGCUCUGGCAUUGAAGGGCCGCAACAUUGCAACUCGUUCAACAACAACAGCACCACCUCAACUCGAAGACGCAGCCUCUUUCGCCGAAGACGAAUCAGUGGGCCAACAUCUCGAGUACAUCUUCCCCUUACCGUGGGACGAAGACGAACAAUACCUACCCGAGAACGUAGAAUGCUAUAUCGAGACCAAGACUGGAGGGUUGGUAAAAGCAGGAAAGAAGAUGGCUCUGCUCAGAAUCUUGAACACUGGCAAAGUGGAGAUUGUGGACUCUUUGCUGAGGAUCAAUGUGGUGCCAAAGAACAGAGCGCAGGAAUGGGUGGACAAUUUCAAGAAGAUCAAGGCUGCUGCUAAGUAG